CUCUCCCAUCCGCUUCACAUUUGCAACACACAAAAAAUCUGAAAAUCCAGAGCGAUUCAGAAUUCGAAGAACCAAAAAAAAAAAAACCCUAAAUUCCCUUAGUGAAGAAAACCCUAGAUUCUCAAAUUUCGCGACUUUACGACGGUGUUUAAGGAUGAUUGUGAGCCAGAAUAUGGUGGCUGAGGCCGAGAUUAUUUGCCAGAAUAUGGUGUCGACCGAGGUUUCGGGCUUCGAAUCGGUUGUGAGGUGCCCAGAGACCAUUGCUAAUGCUGUAAUAGAGACUCCUGCAGUCAAGUUUGUUCCAACCAUUCACUCAGGAAGCCAUAGUGACAUCGGAGUAAGGCGUUCCAUGGAUGACGAUCACAUUCGGAUCGAUGACCUAUCUGCCCAUGUUGGGCCUCUCUUUAAGAGUUCCUUGCCAAGUGCAUUUUAUGCAGUUUUUGAUGGGCAUGGCGGGCCUGAAGCAGCUACUUAUAUCAAGAGGAAUGCCAUGAGACUAUUUUUUGAAGAUGCUGACUUGCCGCAUACAGUAGAUUUUGAUGAUGCUUUCUUCAAAGAGUUGGAGAACUCACAUAAGAAAGCAUUUUUACUGGCAGACCAGGCCUUGGCCGAUGAACACAGUGUGGAUGGUUCAUGUGGAACCACAGCACUGACUGCCCUAGUACUUGGAAGGCAGUUGCUCGUAGCAAAUGCUGGUGACUGUCGGGCAGUUCUUUGCAGGAAAGGAAUCGCAUUUGAUAUGUCCCAAGAUCAUAAGCAUACUUACUUGCCAGAACGUAGGCGGGUGGAGCAGUUGGGUGGUUACUUUGAUGGUGAGUAUCUGAAUAGUUAUCUCUCAGUCACCCGAACCCUUGGAAAUUGGGAUUUCAAAUUACCACUUGGCUCCUCAUCACCUCUCAUUGCUGAACCAGAGGUUCAGCGGGUUAAGUUAACAGAAGAUGAUGAGUUUCUGAUUCUUAGUUGUGAUGGGAUAUGGGAUGUCAUGUCUAGCCAAUAUGCAGUGAGUCUUGUUCGGCGUGAGCUGAGGAAGCACAAUGAUCCGCAACAGUGUGCCAGAGAACUCGUGAAAGAAGCACUACGCAUGCAUGCAGCUGACAAUCUCACUGUUAUUGUUGUAUGCCUCUCUUCUCCUGAUCGUGCUGUUGAGCCUCGCUCUGAGGGGCCAAGGUUAAGGAACUGCAGUUUUUUAAGGUUGAGAAGCUUGCUGGAAGGCAAUUGAAUGUGAUUCAGUAUUUACUCUUUCCAAAUGGAAAUGAACUUCUAUCUGUUUGUGGCUGUUUCAGAUAGUUAUUGAACAAAGCAAGCAGUCAGCAGUUUUGUAGGAUAGAAGUAGGUACUUUGAGUUGUAUUGAAUUGAAUUGAGUGAACUGUAGCUGUAAACAUAAUUUACAAUCUUGAUUUAAAUCGAUUGGAUUCAACCUCCCCGAUUCAUAUUCUGUUAUUCUUCUUCUCA